AUGACUUAAGUCUUAGCCAAACUUCCAUCAUAGAUAAAAAAUACAAUAUUAAUAAAGUUGUCUAAUAAUGAGUCACAUUUACAGUAUGAUAUCCAAUAGAAUAUUGAUUGUAAAGAUGCAUUUGAAUGGGAUUUCGAUGCAUCUCGAAUAAAAAAAACUGCUUUAGCUUAAUUAGUUUCUGUUGACUUUAAACAAAGCACAAUUACAUUAAAUUAUGAAAAAUAGUAAUUACUUAAUAAAGUAGAAAAAAAAUAAGAGUUUGAUUAUUUAUAUAUUCUAUUCCAAUUAAUAGAAGCUUGUUACGAAUUACAUAAAAUAAAUUUAUUAGGAAGAUGUUUAUCUACAUCAAAUAUAGAAAUUAAUGAGAAAUCAUAAAUAAAAAUUUAUAGAUAUGGAUAUAGUCAUAAUUUAUUAAAUACGGAUGAAGUUAUAAUAUUAGCUCCUGAAACAAUAUUUGAGGAUAAAGUAUAAAUUAGUUGUGAUAUUUGGCUAAUAGGAAUGAUAAUCUAUGAAGUAGUAUUUAAAAAGUAGAAAUCUUCGUUUAUAUAUCCACAUUAAUAUAGUCAAUAUAAAAUUUUCAUAAAUAAUUGUAUGCAAACAAAUACAUUUGAAGAUUUAUAUGAUAAUUUAGUAGACCCUAACAUUUCAGCAAUAUUGUAAUUACUUUUAAUAUUUGAUGCUGAAUCAAGAAUAUCAUCUUAUUCUGCAGUGAUUCUUUUUUUGAUGGAGUAUUAUAUUAAAAUCAUAUUUUAGAUUAUAACCAAAAUAUAAAGCAAAAUUAGUUGAAAUAUUAAGAUUUUAUGAAAAUAAUUCACAAUUUGCUAGCAUUAAUAUUCAAUCAAGAAGUGAAAAAAGAGACCCACCAAAAAAAAAAUUACUUAAAAAUUUAUAAUCAAAAUCUUUGGAUAAUUUAGAAAAAAGUUAAGAGAUGCUUUUGCAUUCAAAUAGAAGAAUCUUUCUAGAAAAAAAAAAAGAAGAAGAAAAUAUAAAAAUUAAAAUUUUGAGAUAUUCUUAUUAAAAGAGUGUAAGACUAUUUAAUAAAAUUUAUGAACUCUAAAUACACCAUAAGGAAAAUCUUAAACCAGAAAAUAUUGAAUUUUGCUAAAAUAUUCAUUUUAAGCUUUAUUAAAUCUCAUUUUUAAUUAGCUUAAGAAGAUAAAUUUCUUCCUUGACUAAUAAAACAGAAUCUUUAAAUUUGGAUAGAUAUUUAUAUAAUAAGACUGAGGAAAUAUUAAAUUUAUAAAUUUAAAAUAUAAAAUAACAAAGCAACAUUUUGUUUAAAUAAGAAUUACAGCAUAUAUUAAAAGAACUUGAAAAAUUGAAAAUAACCUAUUAAGGCAUAAAGAAUAUUUAUAAUAAGAUUCUUGCAAGGUAACUUGAAGCCACAUUAGAAAAUCAAAUAGAAUAAUUAGAUCAGGAUCUUCAAAAAAAUGAUCUUACAAAAAAAUUUGCAUCAGAAAUAAAUUUAAGAAUUAUAAUAGCCUAAAAUAUUCAAUUAUAUUUAAAUGACAAACAUUCAGUUAAUUUAUUUUUUUUUCCAAUGAAAUUUUAUUUGGGAUUAAGUGAAAUUACUGAACCUGAAGAUAUUGAAAGAUAUCUGCAAAGAUCACCAAACAGCUUAAAAGUUUACAUUUUAAAUCUUCUUAAAAAUUACCAAAAUGAAGAUUAAAAUAACUGA